AUGGCUCCAAUCAACCAGCCCAAGCUGCCCACCGUGCAGACGCAGCUUCUAUUGCAUCAACCCCGGUCGCCCUAUGAGACCUUCGCUGAGGGGGAUAUCCCUAACCUGAAGGAUGGAGAGUUGCUUGUACAAGUUGAGGCCAUUGGACUCAACCCCAUUGACUGGAAGUCAGCGGAUUUCGGUUUCGCUUUACCAAAGCUUCCAUGCUUGAAUGGAAGGGAGUUUGUAGGGACGGUUGUCGCGCAGAACACACCACAGGGAUCUCGGAUAUCCGUAGGCGAUCAGGUACUAGCUGUCGCUACCGACUAUCGAGAUUUCCGAAAGUCGGCCUUCCAAGAAUAUGCUGUCGUCUGCAGCUUCAACGCCAUAAAAAUCCCCAAGGGCAUCGAUCCUUACCAAGCCGCGUCUCUCGGUGUCGCCUUCGUCACGGCCGCCCUUUCUCUCGGAGUUUGUCUAGGAACUACUCUCCCCCAGCAAGGAAAACUCUCCGAUCUAGAUCUUCUAUCCAUCCUUCAGAGGCAAGAGCGGGAAAUGGUCCCCAAGGACUGCUUCGAGGAAAUCUUCAACCCCAUCCCACUGGGAAGCCGACCGAGUAAGGGGGAGUGGAUCCUGCUGUACGGAGCUUCAAGCGUGACAGCGCAGCUGUGUAUUCAGCUGGCAAAGGCGACGGGACUCAAGAUCAUCGGAGUAGUUGAUGUAAAAAAGCAUGGUGAGAGGUUACGUGCCCUAGGCGUUGAUGUCCUUGUGGACCGAGCCGAUCUAGACCUCGCCGCCACAGAAGUCCGACAACACACGCACGGUUCCCUCCGUUUCGCCAUGGACUUCAUCGGCAAGGAAACGUCCACUUGGUGCCAAAAUGUCCUCGCGGCGUGCGCGUCCUCCCGAUACCCCACAGACAUCGACGACCCCGACGCGAUACCAGACCCAUUCACGCAAAAGGGCAGCACUCUCAGCCACCUCGUCUGCCUCACGGGCGCACCCAAGGUCAAGGCGCCCAACGUCCGGAUUCACCAGGUGCCUGUUAAGAUGUUCCACGAGAACGAGGAGUUGGGCUGCGUGUUGAGCUAUUGGCUGUACCAUUCGCUGAAGAAUGGAGUCAUUACGCUCCCAGAAACGCAGAUUGUCGAUGGCGGGCUGGAGGUUAUCAAUUCGUGCCUCGAGCUCAUGAGGCGGGGUGAGAUUUCUGGAAGCAGGUUGGUGGUCAAGCUCAAGUAG